UUUUCCUAUGUUAACAGCUUUCCAAAGCGUGAUCCUAAACGAAUAAAAGAGUGGGUGGGUCAGAUGAAAUGGAAAGACUGGCAGCCAACCCCUCAUUCCUUACUGUGCUCAGAGCAUUUUGAGGAGAGGUGCAUGGAUAGAACUGGGCAGACAGUGCGUUUACGUGAUGAUGCAAUACCAACUAUCUUUGCCUUUCCUAGUCACCUACAAAAAAAGUUCCCAGAGGAUCCUGUUCCCGAGGAGUCGACACAACGGGAGAAGUCUCCACCCACCUACUUAAACCACAGUAUAUGGCACCCAAGUCGUUUCCAUGACGACUACUGUGUUCCACAGAGUAUUGACUGGGCUGUAAAAGACAUGCCUAAAGAAAUCCCAUCUGCAACUUUAGAAAAAGCAAGAUCAAGGAGAAAAUGGGAUUGGCUGACAAUGGAUGUGAAGGGACCAUUUCCAGAGACCAAAAGUAGACACAAGUUUGUACUAACUGUAAUGGACUACUACUCCAAAUGGAUGGAAGCCUACCCCAUGAAGACCAACAACAGUAAAGAGAUUGCCAAAAUAAUCUCUGACCUCAUCUCUCGCUUUGGCUUCCCUGUUGGAAUCCUGUCUUGUUUGACUCGAGCACACAUUUUAGAGAUCAACUUGGCUUUGGGUGAUCUGAAGAAACUGACAUGCCAACUCAUAUUCUACCGUCCUCUGGGAGUGUCACUGGAUCCAGUAACAAAGUCCCUUGUAGACCGGUUGGUGUCAGAUUUGGUGAAAGAACAUCCUGAUCGUUGGGAUGUUUACCUGGCUGCCAGUGUGUUCAGCUUCUGCUGCAAAGAGCACCCCACCACCAGACAAAUCCCCCUGUCUCUGCUGCGCUGCGGAGGGACUCAGUCUGUCUCCACCUCACCAAGAAAGCUGCCUGAUAAUGGGAUAAAAGGAAGGACCUUUGUCAUACUAGAUGCCCAGCCACCUCAAAGGGAAGUCCGUGUGGAGUGCAAUCAGUGCAGUCAAUGGAGCACGGUCAGCCAGGACUCAGAGCUGAAGAGAUAUGAGGAGAUGAAACUUGGGGAGGAGGACUACACCCACACCUGUGUGAGCUGCAGAGUGGCCAUGAGCUGCAGGGUGGCCCUGGAGGUCAUGAGGGGUUAGGAGACAAGGACAUGAAGAACUGGAUGUAAAUGAGAAAGCUUUUCAAACAAGGACUGAAAAGAUGGAGGAUAUAAUAAGGACGUUGGAAACCAAGUGGUGGUGAAGGAAGAGAUUGAUGUAGGGGUGAAAAAAGGUUCC